CUUUUAAAGAGUACAACAUAAUUAUUUUGAUAAUAAUAUAUAUUAAACAAUUCUCAUUCUUGAUUUGAAGAUAUUAUUUUAAAGAUUUACAUUCCAAUAUACUUUUACAUCUCAAUUCAUAAAAAUUAUAUAAUAAUUGAAUAAUGAGAAUAUAUUUUAUUUAAUGAAACUGUACACACUUUCUUCAUGUAUGUAAAUUAGGUCUGUUUAGCGCCAUGUAAUCUCUUUUCACUAUUUAAUAUUUCGAAAAUAAGGAUAUUCUCAAAACAAGAAUGUUCUUUUUCUCCGUGCGGCUGGCAGCUUAUAAAUUUUAAUAUUAAAUUUUAUUUCCGGAUUCUUCAAAUUCUCUGAACGAUAUACAUAUAUAUUGUAGAAAUAUUAGUUUUCGCGACUUUUCUCUUUAUUUCUUUUUUGUUUAUAUCGAGUGUAGUCCGCGGAAAUGGGCACGUGACCGCUUUCGUAUUGUGACACGCAACUGUUACGCACAAAUAUUUGACAUUGCCUAUUCGCAAGCGAGAAGCUCACUUCCUGCAUCCGAAGCGUAUUUUUUUCCCUGUUUCCCCUUUUUUUUUCAUCUCGCCUGCUUGCCCACCCAACGAUUUCUCCCAAUUUAUUUUUGUCGCGAACGCAAGCCAGUGCGUGGCCGCGUUACAUGCGAAAAAAAUACACGCCGCGCACGAAUGCAUUGAUGAAUCUAUCUUUCUCUCUUUUUCGCGAUGGCAUCGGCGGAUUUCCUCGUUGACCCGCGGAAAUAAAAUUGCGAUAUUGCGAAUAGGAAUUCGGUCGAGGCACCGACCCGUUAUUUUUUAUAUUUACGAAGGGAGGAAAGAGGGCGAUUAAAUAGUUGAUGCAAGACGAUAUCGAAUGUAACUUUUAAAUUUAAAUUGGCAGGCUUCGUUACUGAAGAUAGUAAAGCAUUCCCGGGUCAAGGAGGAACUUCUUAAGAGUCGUAACUAUCGGCCCUGCGGGUAGGAUCGACCCGGGAUGAUGCGUACGCAAGAAAGGUGGAAACGCACGCAUAUACGGGCGACAGGGGGAAAAGUGCGUGAGCGGAAGUGCGAUAAAGCGGCGGGGCACCGUUGAACGUGAUACAUAAUCGCCGCGUACUUGACGAGCGAGCACGUGCCGGUUUCCACGGCACCUUCAACCCCGUAAAUCGUACGGUGAAAUUUUUACGGAUGCGCGUGCAGACGCGCGACCCGCGUCGCCGUGACGGUGAAAUUACCCGGCGAUUUCGGCCGAAAAAGAAAGAGAAACGCUGUACCGUUGGCAGUUCGUUCUCACGGCGAGCACGGGAGAGAUCAUCAUCGCUUUUACCUUAUUACGUGCCCGAGAUGCCCCGGUACCGACAAGGGACGUCAGACUGGCGCCCGUGCACCCGCGUGGAACGUUUUUACUCGAAACCGAUAAAGUUUAUACCCUGCGCAAUCAAUCGCGCCGUCCAAAGUACAAUUUUCAUGUCGAGUAAUUAAAUCACGCAGACGUUGAUUGAACCUGCGACCUAAACCGCAUGCAUCCGAGAGCAUCGGAAUAAUUUUCAUAGGUGGCCACCCCGCCUCGACACGAAACGAUGAACGACGCUCGAACCGUUUGAUUAAUUAAUAUCAACGUUGCGAACCGUGCGAACGGGCUGUUUACUUCCCGGCGAACUUUCCACUAAUCCGAACUCUCCGCGUCCGCGCGCACAACACACUUCGCGAGUAUUACCGCGCGAGCGUGACGGUGAAAAGAUGACUCUCUCUUUCUCGCGUGUUCCGCCUCGCAGAAGAGGAUUUAUCGUGCCAAACAAAUUGUCGCGAAUUCGUCUGACGAAUGCUUAACGAGACACACGGCACGUACCGAUGCAUCCCGGCGAUAUCGCGACGUAAUCCGAGAAGCGUCGCUUUCGCGUCAUUGUCCCGCUCGCGGCGCGACAACAACAAAGACACCGCCGCGGGUGAAAUGGCGAACGCCCGAAGGUAAAUUCGGGCGCCUGAGGUGCGAGUUAGCGCCGCACAAAGCAGCGGAACGAUUUACAACCCGUGUAGAAAUGUUGGUAAGAUUCUAAUAAGGCUCUCGACUAAUUGGUCUGAAUAUAAAUCUGAGCUUUCCACGAGGGGCAUGUAACAAAAUAUUUUCGUCGGGUUAAAAUAAGAAGAUGUUUCUUAUGACAUCCCUAAUAGAUAAUGAUCGAGGCCUCGACACGAAAUCAUCCUUAAUUAAUUUCUACUCGAGAAUCGCUUCCGUGGCGAAGAGCGAGCGAGUGUCGCUCAUAAGAUCCCGGCAGCGCGCGAUGCACGGGAUUCUCUCGUUAUCGCGGACAAGCAAAACUCACCGCCCACCGUGCAAGAAAGGGACUCGUUUCCGGCGCUGACUACGUGGCACGGUUGAACACGCGGCGAAUAACGUCGGCGUGCAGUCGUGCGCGCCUCCCGCCUCGAUCUUGGUUCAUCGCGGAAGUCUCGCCCGAAGAUACGCAUCUUCCUCCUGCGCCCGGUAAUUUUCCUCUCGUGUUUUGCGCGUUACGCUUUGAUUCGCGCUACUUGCGGCGGCUCCAAGCCAAGUUACAACGGCGGAAAAUAGAAAUUAAAGAAUCCAACGACACGUUUGUGCGCCGCGUGCUCGCUCGCUCGCUCGCUCGUUCCGUAACGCAAAUCUGCGGUAACCCUCACGCUACGCCGCCGCUACGCCGUGCCGUCGUACAGCCAAGUUUCGAACUUAAUCUCGCGCGAUCCAUUGUUCUGCGAAUUUAUUGCACCUAGCGUUCCUUUUUCAACGCGUACUUCUGCAGAUAUGUCAAAAUAUAUUCGUGGCUAAGUUAUGAAGCAUGCAAAACUUUAAAACUCAUAAUUUUCCUGUCAAGAAUAUUUCCAUAAAGUAUUAUUAAAAUUUUUGUAAUAUCGUGUGCGUGUGUUAGAAUCAAAUAAAAUGUAUCAAAAUGUAACGAAAAGGGUAAGGGAAAUGGAUCCGAAUAUUAAAUUUGGAUCGUGUUCCGAUAUAUUAGAUUGCCAGUACUGAAAAUCUGUUUCUGGAAUUCAUAGUCGAUUCUUAUUUCAAAAUUAUCUUGAGUUAAUAUCGUAAUAUGCUAACAUGACUCUGUGAUUGGUUGAUAUCUUAAAAUAGUAUUUAAUACGAUCUUAAUAUAAUAACUAGGAAUAUCGUAAAUUUUCACAAUUUAUGUUUAUAAUACCAAUAAAAGUUAUCGAAAUUAAAAAACUACAGAUUUCUUAGAUGUUUUUCUCUUUUUCUGUUCAACGAUAAAAAAAUUUGUUCGUGAAUAUUCGAAUUUUGGCCCUGCAACUAGCUGAAAAAAAAAACUAAAAAGUUUGUUUUAUAAAUAGCUUAUGCAACGAAAACCUUAUUUUGACCACUUAAAUAAAUAAUUUUCAAUUGAGUAAAUAAAGCUAAAUAAACUUUUGCAUGAAUAUUUAUUCAUCAAAAUCAGUUUUAUUAAUAUACAUAAAAAAUUUAAUUUAAUUUUUAAUGCUACUUUCUCAUCAAAUCUGUAAAUAAGUAUUAGAGGAAAAACUAGUAUUAUGGCUACUGCUAAGCAUUAUGAAUUAUCUUUGUUGUUAGAUGACAAAUUCCUAUUAAUGAUUGCUUAUGAAAGCAUUUGUUUAGUAGCCCGCCAUUAUGUAGUGACGCUAAUAAGCCAAUUAUAUAAUAGCCAAUUAUUAUAAAGCGUUUUUAUAUUUUAACAUUUGGAAACUUUUUCAAGGUACAUUUGAACAUUUAAUUAUAUAAUCUCUUAUUGUUUUUAAACUUGAUCGUAUUACGAAUGUCAUACGAAUAUAUGUUCACUCGAGUGUUUUUUUUUUUGUUAUUCAACUUUUUAUUCGGCACACAUUUUGAAUUAUAGAAAAUUAUUAAUAGUAUAAUAUUUCAUUAAUAUGGCUACUUAAGCGAGAUUUUCAUAUCGAGGUAGAUUAAGGUAGAUACGUGUAUAUAAAAAUCACUAAAUUUUUGUAAACUUGUAAAAGUGAUGAAAAUUAAUUUAAACACACGACCCAAUGUAUGUAUAAAUAAUAAACUGAAAUAUUAUCGUGUGUAUCAAGCGAUAAGACGGAAAGGAAAAACAAUAAGGCAGAUAAAUAGAAAUAAAAUAUUACUUUGAAGAAAAAUCCGCUCGAGGAGCACACGAAAGGAAGCACAGAGGGUAUUACGCGGCAAGAGUGCCUCGAGAUGUAAUCAGGAAUUGGAGAAAAUAGGAAAAGAAAGAGGAAAAAGAGCGAAGCAGAGAGACAGGGUGUUAAACGCGCGCCGAAGCGGCGACGAGUCGACGAGUCAAGUGCACUCGCCGAGAGCGAGCGGCCGACACGUCGUCGUCGUCGUCGGCGAAGCCCCGCGUCCUUGCCAGCUCCCUACUCCGGACUCCGGAGUUCUCUCCUCGAGGAGAGUGGGAGUCCGUAUCCAUCCCUACUACGACGGCCUCGCCACCCUCUCCUCCGUGCCACCACUACGCCGCGCUAUGUAAGAGCCCGCACAUGUUACCCCGCGGUUCCAGUCUCGCAGCGGCACUCGCGAGCGUCGUUUCGCACAUUUGAUAGAGCGCGCGGUACGGAUCGCCUGGCGGGCAGGAAGGGGCGAUAAAACGCUCUUUCUCUCUCUUUCUCUCUCUACCUCGCGCACGGAAGGACGCAGAGGGAGAGAGACACCCACGUAACUGCGGACACUGCGCGCACAGGUACCCGCGAGAGGGGGAGGUCCGUGCGUGUGUGUAUGUGUGUGUAUUGUGAGCGUGUGUGUAUACGUUACGUGUACGCGUGCGCGCGCGACGAGUUCCCUUUUCAGUGCCUCGCGCGGAGCCGCCGCGACCUCGUCGUCGAAUCGUCGCCACGUUCGCCCGAAGGCCGAAGAGCAGUUAAUCGGGUGGCGUGAUAGGAGAGGAGCACAAGGAGGAGGAGAAGAGGAGCAGUCAGCCACCGUUUCCGUGCCCAUUCAGCAUCCCGCAUUAGCACUCUUCCCUUUUCCUUCGUUUUACCCUUUUUUCCCUUUUUUAUCCUCCCCCCCCCCUUUUUUUACUUUUGUACGUACGAAUUGAUACACGGCGCGACCCGCGACGCGUGUGUGAAAUUUACACGAGUGGGAAGCGCUUGCUCCGCGCUGUCGAUUGAACUGUCCGCCCCUCGUCUCGGCGUUUCAGUGUUUGCGAGAGUGUGAAAAGAGGAGGAAGUUCCGUUCUCGACGACGACGACGACGACGACGAGAACCUUCGCGUUGUGGAUAAAUCACGCGACAGGUGCGGAGAAGGAGGAGGAGAAGGAAUCGAAGGGAGCAGCUCCGACGUCGCCGUCGGGAUAACGCGCGACGUAUCGACGUGACAGGCACUCUUUCCGCGUUUGUUGCAGAUCCCGUGACGUUCGCGAUUUGUGACUCGCAAGAGGGUAGUCUGCGCGCGGUGAAAAAAAUCGACCGUCGGGUCGCGGGGCGUCAGCGGCAUCCGACAAUUUCGUUAGCCAGGUAUAUACCACCACCCGGAACAAUCCCUCGCCCGUGGCAAGACGGCCGAUCGUGUGGACGUCCUCGGUGCUAUCUCGGCGUGGCCGCUACGUGCGACGACAACAGCCCAAAGAUUCUCCCACCGAAGGCCAAGAUGCAUAUCGAGGUGCAGGUGGCGCUUAACUUCGUGAUAUCGUACCUCUACAAUAAACUGCCGCGCAGACGGGUGAACAUCUUCGGUGAGGAGCUGGAGAAGGCGCUCAAGGACAAGUUCAAGGGCCACUGGUAUCCGGAGAAGCCGUUCAAGGGCUCGGCGUUCAGGUGCCUGAAAACCGGCGACCCGGUCGAUCCGGUGCUAGAGCGCGCCGCGAAGGAGAGCGGCGUGCCGAUCCAGGACAUCCUGGAGAACCUGCCGGCCGAGCUCGCCGUCUGGGUCGAUCCUGGUGAGGUGAGCUAUCGUAUCGGCGAACUGAACGCCGUCAAGAUCCUCUACUCGGAGACUGGCGACCCGCACGAUGAAACCUCGGCCGAUCGCGAGGUCACCAAGACCUUCAAUCCGGAGGCGCAGUGCUUCAGGCCGAUCGAGGCCGUGAGCACGUCCUUGAGCGGUCUCAGUCUCAGUCCGAAGUCGACCUCGCCGUUCUCGAGCUCUCUCGGCAGUAAUACCAGCAACGGCUCGUCCAACAACCAGCAGAACGGCCACGGAUCCGGUUCCUCGUCUGCGCCCUCACCCACGCCCAUCACCAGCUCCUUCAAGGGCUCGCCCAGCCCCGUACCGGCCUUUAUCCCGCGUACCACCGCUCCGCUCACCUUCACUACCGCCACCUUCGCUCAGACCAAGUUCGGCAGCACCAAGCUCAAGACUAGUAGCAAACGCGCCAACAGGAUGUCACCCACCGAGUUCUCGAACUAUAUAAAGCAGCGCGCAGCGAUGCAGCAGCAGAUUCACCAUCACCACCAUCAUCAGCAGCAACAGCAGCACCAGUCGCAGCAGCAGCAGCCGCACCAGUCGCAGCAGCAGCAGCACCAGCAGCAGCAGCAGCAGCAACAACAGCAGCAGCAGCAGCAACAACAGCAGCAAGCAUCCGCGGCUGGCGCAGGUUUGCCAGUCUCGCAGAACUCGCCACGCAGUCGUAGCCUAUCGCCCGGCAGCAUAGUCGCUGGUGCCGGACAACAACAUGCGGACCCGAGUGCGUACUUCUUCCAACACGGCCCGGCUGCGGCCACCGCGGCGUACCACGCGUUUCCCCAUCGCAACAUCUUCGACUCGUCGGCAAGCCACGGCGGCUACCUGCCAGCCGAUCUCUACACCGGCACCAAAUUCCCAUCAUCGUACCUCGACCCGACCACACUUGCCAGCCAUCAGUUCUACGGUGGCGGCAUGAACGGUAGCGGUGCCGGCACUGGCGGUGCCGUGAACGGUAGCAACGGCGCCGGGACCGGUACCCAGGGCGCCGGUAGCGCUGGUACCAACCUCGGUCCGAUCGGCUCUGCGACGACCAACGGCAAUGUCAACGCCGGCGCAGCCGCCGCGGCGCAGCAGCAGCAGGACAAGAGCGCCCUGGUCGAGGGCCUCAACAACUUCGGCCUCGGCUCGGUCGCGCCCUAUCCGGCCAGCCAAUAUCAGCACCUGCUUGUGGCCAACUAAUACCUCGCGCGUGCACAUCAAGUCUUGAACAAUACCGUCGCCGCGUCUCGCGGCGACGGUAACAGCGUUCUCGUUUUCGGUGCCGUUGGUUCGGCGAUAGACAAGAAAAAGAAAAGGCUGUCGCCUCCGAGACUCCGUCGUCGAGACGUUGUCCAGAGUCCGGCUACCUGAAGAUGAACGUCCAUCCACCAGUCGAGUCGGUCACGCUCUAUCUCCUCUCCCCCGAUCAAAGAAUUCGCCGGUUACGAUGUCCGUUAUAAUCCUCUCCCGCGAUUCUCAUCCAGAAUGCUUCUCAGAACGCUCGUUCGAUCUUUCGUUCGAUCUUUCCUAAUCCAAGAAGUCCAAGACACUGUGUACAUAUAUUAUCGAUAGUUACUGACGAACGAUGGGGGAGGGGGGGGAGAUAGAGAAGAGGAAAAAAAAGGCCGCCGAACGAUCGACACCGAUGACGAUCACGAAAGCGAUCGAGAUGAGAAAAGAAGGCGCGAUAGAACGGAGAGAAAGAGAGAAAGAGAUAACGUGUGCGUGUGGAGACGAUGCCUGGUUCUGAGGUACGUCUGAUUGCGAGGUAGCGUGUGCGUGCAGAAACGUUUUAGGCGUGGAGAAGAGAAGAGGAGACGGAAGGAAGCGGCUAACGGCUAACGAGAGCGUGUAUAUGUGUUAAAACCCGAUAAGGACUCGAUUGGCGAUGGCGCGAGACGCUCGUUCGAGACAGAAGCCACCGUGUGGCUACUACGACACACAUAUACACGUAACACGUAUACACGUGCACACGUACAUUUAUAACACACGCGCAAUGGUAUAUCAUAUGCAUGUAGCGCAUUGGCGACACUCGAACGACGCGUCAAGCGCGCAUCUGGGACAGUAAGACAAACUUGACAUAUUAUAGAGAUACACACACACACACACACACACACAAAGACACAGAUAUAACAUAUUAUACCGAUCUUCCCUUAUAUACAUCCCGUGCAUACGAUACGAACCCACGCGGGCACACGUAGGCCACCACACACACGCGAGCAUCACCCCAUGCACGAGACACACGUACUACGUAUUAACGAAACAAAAAAGGAAAAGAGGAAAACCACAUAUAACGCGACACACUGACCCACACAGAUAUUACCAAUGUGUAAUAAUUUAUUUUUUCACUGGUAUAUAGUCGGAGAAUUGAAUAAUGAAUAUAUAUCUGUAGAGCCUAUGUAUUAUAUUCAAGAUGCACUCACUCUUCACUGGGUUCUCGCGAAACGGUAGGAACUACACACUUGUCCCCCACUCGUGUCGAGCGAGCCGUCGGUGUCGGGAGAUCCGUGGACCGAUAAAAGAUCGAUAAGGUAAGGUGUCUUCCCAAGUCUUUUUCUCCAUCGAACGAGCGCCGAGGCGAGGCGACGCCGAGCGUCGCUUCGUUUCGCGCGAGAAUCAUGGCCGAAUACGCGAUCCCGGGUGGAAAGCUAUUCAAGCGCUAAAUACGUAAAGCUCUUUUAAACGAGCCAAAGAUUGGAUCGCGAAUGGCUUUCCAUGCGCGGAGGACCUUUACGUUGGAUCGAGAGAUGGAUAGCUAAACCGAGAAUCUCGACGGGAAGACGGCCCGUUCAUUCGCACGAGACGAGUAAAUAAAACGAGAAGGAACAACGCGAUCAAGGAACGAAGGAUCGAUCCUUCCGCGAGUAUAGUGAUAAUGUAGAGAAAGAGAGAAACGAGCUCGCAGUUUUAUACCGUUCGGAAAACUCGUCCUCGGUACGAUUUUACAUUUUAUUUUUAUAAUAAAUGCAGUAGAAUGUAGGAGAAAUCGAGAGCGAAAGAGAGAGAGAGAAAGAGAGAAAGAGUGCAGCGAGUGAUAUGCAAGGGGAGAAGGUGGAGAAGUAGAAGGCGAGAUAGAAAAAGAGCCAGCCGGUGUGUUCGCGAGGGACGUAAGUGGCCUCGUUGCAGGCCCCUCGAUAUUUGCUUGGCUGUGCCUGCGAGCUGGUCCCCGCCCGCCCGUCCAUCCGUUGCAGAAAAACCAUCGGGAAUCGAUUUCCUUUCGCGAUAUUGCCUUUCGAUUUGACAUCCGGAGUCGAUGACCCUCCGAGCUGUCGAGGGGGGAACCUCCGCGAAUCGUUAAACCUCGGCAAUACGCUCCUUGCCCCCUUCGCGUUUAAACUUUGAACCCGGAAAUUCUCUCUAAUUAUUUUCCGAUCGUCGUAGACGCCGCUUGCGAAGCGUUCAUAAACAAGAAGAAGCAGUUUAUGCAGAUCUCGGUCUAUUAAGAUUAAUUACUUUGAAUGUGGGAACAUUAAUUAGUGACUUAACGAUGAUUUGUAGCGUAACCGAUCCCUCUUAAUGCUAUCUAUUCUCAAUCGAGCAGAAUCGUCCGCGGAGCUUUACGGUGCUAAGAAAAAGAGUCAAGUACAAAGAUAACGAGAGUCAAUCAGAAGCAGGAUGAACGGCGGGCGGGAUAGUUUCGAGGGAGCAACGUCGUCGCUUAGCGUUCACAAGGUUAAUUAGGUGAUUACGUAAUUAAAAGGCCGCACGUUAUUGUCCUUGUCGGCGAGGCAACGGGCUCGUCCGGUUGCAAAAAGAAAAGAAUCGAUCGAUUAAGACGAGCGCUAAAUUUUCACGCAGCUAUUUUUACCUUCCGGAGUUAACGAACUUACUACCCUCCUUGGUGCUGAUUUUCUAAGAAACUUGUUUUCGCAAUCUAACUUUAGUCGACCUUGACUACGGGGUGUUCAUCAUAAAACGCUACCGAAGCUUCGCUUCGUAAUGUUACUUUGUAAUGUCGCUAUAAACAUUUAGUAUACAGCUGAUGAUUAUCGAGAUAUAACGCUUUACAACGAAAAUUCCACUUUCGUCAGUCAGAACUGUGUCUUCCCUUCUCAAAAAUCGCCUAUGAAAGAAGAGAAUUACGGGUUGCGUUUUAAAAUGAACACGCGCCGUAUAUUCUAUCCUGCAUAGCCCUCAAGUUGUCCCGAUCGAUCUCUGAAUAUUAAUUGCGCGCGGUUGUUUCGGUUUCCUGCACUUGAAUUAAUUCGAUAAUACGCCUCGUAAUUUCCAAGAUAAUAAUUACGCCAACCCUCGAGAGGAGAGAUAUACGGGGUACGAAAUUGGAUACUGGAAAUUUCACGAAAAUUAGCAUGUACACACUUGACGAUCGAUCUUCCAUCGUUCGCGUCUUAUCGGUGGAAACGUGUGCAUUCGAUCUCGUUCGCAAGAACGCACGUGGCGCGUUCGAGCCUCGCCGACGAGUAUCCCGCGACUAUUACACGUGACAGUAACGGCGGCGGAGGUGCCGCGAGCUGCGGGCCGCGGGCACUAGGUGCUAAAAGUAUUCAAAAGUGUUAAUCCUGUGGCCGUGGGACAAAACGCAAGGAUGCGGGCCCGAGGAGACAAUCCGGAGACCACGCCGGCGUCGAUCCGCGUUUAUCGAUCAGCCGCGUCCGCGCGCGUCCUGUCCUUAAUAGACACUAAUUUCCACGACGUUUUCGUAGCGCGUCGAUGUAGUCGUAGCGUGUAAAUGUCUAGCGUGUACUUUCUAAGUAUGUAUGUUUAAUCGUUUUUUCUUACGAACUUUUGUAUAGGCCUUUUUGUAAAUUAUCCUCGCACCCGGUCGCGGCCCGUCGAAGCCCGGGAUCGAUGUCGGACGACCCUUUCCCAGAGAAAACGCGGGGAUCCGAAUCGAAGGGUUCGGUGCGCGAGGACGAGAAGGGUGGGUUCGCAAUUUGUGUGAUCUGUGUCCGCUUUAAAUCCGGGAUCGUACCUAAAAUAAACGUUUUGUAAAUAACGAACUUGCAUCCCACUUACGCGCCGAAACUUUCGAUCUCGUCGUCGUGUUCGCGAGAAUUUCGGGGAGCUGGAAGAAAUCGUUUUUUAUAUGAAACCUCGGUCCAAAGUGAAACUGUGUGUGUAUAGGUGAAAAUUUAUAUACUCGAGUUAUGUCGGCUCGAAUACUGGGAUGGGGGAGGGGGAGGGGUUGGUCGACGGGAUGGUGGUCUCCGGACGGGUCGGGGGUGCGAAACAAGUUUUAACCGUGGAACUAACUACUAAAAUAGACGUGAGAAGACGCUGAUGAAGAACAGAACCCUUUAGUAAUAUCUAAACUUAAUUGUAACUAUUAUAACGAUACGUACGACUGUGGUAGCUAUGCUAGUACCUGCUAUUGUUAAAGAGAAAGUGAAUGAGAUAGGGACGACCGAAGAGGAACGGUGGGGAUGCCGCUGGAAAAAUCGAAUCACAGCAUAGUGCCUCAGUGCGUGUCGACAUUCGCUCACACUUGACUUCUACGGUGAUUUUCUUGCGUUACACGUACUUCUGUUUAACAUUGGACAUUCGUUUCGAUAAUUUUAUUACCAAAUUCAAUUCAACUGAAUUACAAAAAAAAAAUAUUGAACUUAUGAGGAAUUAUUGAUCCAAAGUCACGAUACAUGUUUUUAUCAAAUUUUGUAAUAUUUUAUAAACGAAUUUGCUUAUCUUUUGCAAAUGUUUGCUUCUUUUAUGAUACGCACUGGAGUCAUUGUGCAUCGAGACAAGUUUCGCACCGCGUUCUGUCAGUGAGCCUCGCAAACUAUCCAAAAUCUGUCUUACGAUAUCUUGUUUUUUUCGCGUCGACGUGCAGGUGCCCUCUCGUUUCCGUCGCCCCGCGCCAGCCUACGUCGCGUCGCGAUCGCGCCUCGUAAAACAGAAAUACAAAAACGACGUUUAUUCUUGUAAUUUUUCUAAUCGUUCACGCACAAUUGGCUUGAAGCGGCGCGAAAAUUUUUCACAACUCGCGGCGGCGAAAAUCAGAUCGGAUAUCCGUCGGCCGUGUUUUUUACGUCACAAUCCGAAAGUGACGUCUCUCGCACGCGAGAGGAAAUCCCGGACGGGCACGCGAGAAAGGGAAAGAGCCGAGAUUCUUUCUCCGUGACACGGAAUCGCGAAAGUUUCGACAGCCCGCGGUCGCACCUCGCUGACAGUUCAGGCAGCUGGACAACGGCGAUAACGACGACGACAAUGACGACGGUUGAAGUCGAAGAGGCGAUGAAAGCAAGUCGGUAGGCGGAAACUUUCGAAAUCAUUGCGACCGCGGAAACUUUGCAGACUUUAAACGGGUUUCGUCCGGACUUUCGAAUGGUACUCGAAUGCGAAUCAACGCGAUCGGCCGGCCGGCCGGCCGGCGACGACGUUUGUAAAAGCCGACUUACGGUCGGGUACGCGAUCUGAAAGUUUUGUGCUUCUCUAUGUCGAAUUCUAUGGCAUUUAUACUGUGCGUGGGGCGACGGAAAGGGGAUGGCGGAAAAGGAAGACGGAGCGCAAAAUGCGAAACGGUGAAUAAAAGAGAAAGAGGGGAAGAGAGAGAACAAAAGAGAGCGGAAAAGAGUGGCAACUCAAUGCAAUAAGUCGCGAAUCAAAUGGAUCUCGGCUUGAGACGAGAGGCUCAGAUUAGCGAAGAAUCAAACAUGAUGUAUACUCUUUAAAACAAACAAACAAAAAGUGAAACUAAGAGACGUGAGAAUAAAUAAAGGGGAAUAACUAAACUAGGAGACGCGCGCGCGUAAAGUGCGCAACGGGGCGCGAAUAGAGCGGCGCGAAUCAACGUGAGCGAGAGAAAGGAAGGGAGAGAAAGAGAAGUUAAGUGAAUCUAAUUAAUACUGAUAGAGCAUACACAUUGAGAUACACAAAAACAUAUAGUAUUAUACGUUUUACGAUACGAUUGUAAUGAACACUUUGUAAGUAAAGGAAAAAAAAGUUACGCAUAGUUUUCCAUACCCCGUAAUGAAUGUAAUUCGUUGAAAGGGAAAGUUCAGACAAAACACACACAUACACACACAUACACGGACGGACGGACGGUUAAUAGGAGUUACAAGCGCGCGCAUACACACACACGCACACACAUGUUCGAAGUCACUCGGGUACACACAAGAAUUAAUAAGAAAAAAAAAGAAAAGUCAGUAAUCUGUCUUUAAAGUAUCAUGUGUCUAUAAACUAUAGCGAUCGAUAUUGUCUCUUAAAUAAAUGGCAAAAAAAUACAAAUAACCGUGGUAACGUCGUGUAAGGUAGCGAUAAACAAACACUCUGCAAUAUAAUGACAUAAUAUAUAUUCUUACAUUUAUAACAGCGGAACAUACAUAUAUGUGACGAGAGCAGACUGCGAGAAGCCCGAAAGAUCGUGUAAAAUGCGCGUAUCGAGGAGUAUUGGAAGACGCCAUCGUGCGAUAAGACUCGGUCUCCUUCCCUCGGAAUCAUUAACGAAAGAGAAAAGAAAAAAAAAAUGGCGUAUUUCGAUACUGCCGAACGCGCACGGAGAUAUCACACGGGUACACACGACACACAUACAUACACACACACACACACAUACACAUAAAGUAUACACAAAGAGAGAUCCAAAAAAAAAAACUAUCGAUUAUUCUACCAAGUAAAAUGAAUUAACAAGAGGAUGAUAAUUAGAUUUGUAAUUAAUUACAUAUAUAUUUUUCAAUACUUUAACUACUUGCUGAAUGUAAACUAUAUACAUAUAAUUAUAUAUAUUAUAUACAUAUAUUAUAUAUAUAUUAUAUACAUACACAUCUCUAUGAGCGCGAUGCCGCGCGCGAAAGGGUGAAGAAGGGCGCGACGAUAAAAGCAGCCUCGCGGAGAAUUCCCGAGGGAACGCCGAGGGAGAAAAUUAAAAGGGUGAAAUCUGAGGAGGAUCGCCGGAGGAAUUCCGGGAGCGGAUGGAGAGGACCGUCGGCUGAAAUAACGGUCCUCCGAUUUUUUCGGUGUUUUCCCCGGAAGACUUUCGGCGGCGUCUUUUAUCGGCGCGAUCGCUCGCUUCCGGCUCCGCCGCGACUCGCGAGGCUCGAGAGGUGAGGGAGCGAGAGAACGUAAACAUCCAGGGUAAGGAGGGUGAGAGAUAUUGUCUUUCGUUCGCAGUGGAUCACGCGUCGAGCGGAAACGAGCGACGAAUACCCUUCUUUGACCGCGCCCCUCGGGAAGGCGGAAGAGUUUCUGCGAGAUCUUUUUGUACCCCACUCAAGUUACACUCUCGGUGUCGAAAAAAAAACUACGUUACACUACGUGUAAGUGCAUCCUAAAUGUAACUGUUAAUUGCCCCUACUCCAAAGCCCCCCUAACCCACGCCAUUUGUAGAGAGAAGAAAUAUCGCGAGUGUGGGAGGGAGAGAAUGCGAGAUACGCGUGUGAGAUGGAGUGACUGGCUGUGCGUGGCGAUGCGUGCAUGCGUAUGUGGAAGUGUGAAGACACGUUCGUUCGCCUUAGUUACCUUUUUUCCUAGGUGCAAAAUUGGGAAAAAUGGAGAUCCUUUCGAAUGAUUUUGGCACGCGUAUGAUUGUUACGUAGAUCGUACACUUACGAUUAUUACUAUUAUGAUUAUGAUUAUUAUCUCUAUCCCUUAGACGAAAAGAAAGAGAGACAGACACACUGCGCGCCUAUAUAUAGCUGUAUAUAGGUCUUUUCUCACCUCAGCUAGUUUCUUUUUUCUUCGUCGUUUAUUUUUCUUUUCUUUUUUUACAUAUAUAUAUAUAUACUUAUACAUAUAUUAGAGAUGUAUUUUCUGUUGGCUCGUUAGAUUUUGUUCCUUUAUUUUUGUACGAAGACGCAACAUCGGCGACGACGAGUCGUCGAUUUUACCUAUAUAUAUAUAUAUAUAUAUAUAUAUAUAUAUAUAUAUAUAUAUAUAUACAUAUACAUAUGAACAUUAUAUAUAAUUGUAGUUCGCUUAUAAGAUUAUCGUUCUACCCUUCUUUUGAUAUAGUUUGUUAUUGUUGUUUUUGUAUGAUAUUUGAUUAUAUAUACCGACGCGUGCGUGCCGCGCGUCAGAAAAUAAUAUAUAUAAAUAUAUACUACCAUAUUAUAUAUAUAUAUAUAUAAUAUAUAUUUUUGUUAAUAAUACAGUGGUUUGAUAACUACAUUAGCCUGUUAAUGAUGAAUUUGUUUCUCUGUUUCUUACGGCCCGUGAAUAUACAUAGAUAGACACACGUGCAUAUACAUAGAUAUAUUAUACAUAUAUACAUACCUAUAUAUAUAUAUAUAUAUAUAUAUAUAUAUAUAUAUAUAUAUAUAUAUAUACAUAUAUAUACAUAUAUCGCUACAUUAUAUUUUGUUUAACAGUGUGACGAAGCGACAAUGAAGCGUUUCUUGAAAUUUGUCGAGCGACUUUACAAGGGGCUCCGACACGAAAUAUUGAAUAUCGAAACUCGCGUGUAAUAUAACUUAUAAUAUCAUUUUGUAAAUUAUUUUUUGUAUUUUUAUAUAUCUACAUAUAUAAAUAACGAAAGCAUACAAAAGAGAGUCGCGGAACAGUGUUAUGCGCACGGCGAGAAAUCAAGAGAAUUUGAAAGAGAGAGAAAGAUCGAGUGAGAGAGAGGGAGAGAAAGGUACGAGAGAAUGCGACGGAGAUGAGAGAACGUUCGUGAUGAAAGGAGGAGGGAAAAAAAAACAAGAAGAAACCGCGUGACGCAUUAAUUAACACUGACGAUACUUAAUCAGUCGCUGACAGUCCUUUCGUUGAUCGAGAGUGGCGCCAAGACGAUUAUUAUCCGAACGACUAUACGAGAUCGCAUACGGCGCGUAUGCAACGUUUGUAAAACUGUAAACGACACGAGACACACAUGUGCAUACACACAGACACACGGCGCAAAGUUUUAAUUUAAUACGACACGCCAGUCCCGAAGAUUUGCGAUUUGUUCCCGAUUAUUUGUACCUCUCUGUAUGUAUUUUGCAGCUUGUCAGUGCUUUUUGUUCAUUAUUACAUUACCUGAUAAAUAUUAA